AUGAGUGAUGGGCGGAAAAAGUUGAGCGGAGCGGAGUACAGAAAGCGAGCUAAAGAAAAGACCGAGAAACAAGAUGAAGUCAUAAAAAAAAUGAACAAAUUAGAGGCGUUUUUCAAGAAACCGGCGGUAAGUAUAACUGACCCCGAGAACGAUCAUUACUCUUCUCCACCGUGUGCGAUGAUUAAAACUAUUGACGGUGCAAAUACCGAACAACCCGAUACAAGUACUUCAAGUACUUGCAGUAACCAAAUCGUGGCUUCCAUAGUUCACGCUGGCGCUACUGCCGACAUUCUCACGGAAUCGCUGAACAAUGCGAAAAAUGAAAAUAAUACGCUUGAUGUGAGCGAAGAUCCGGCUCAAUGGCUCAUAAACGAUAAGACUAGGGACUGGAUAGCGAUUAAUGGAGUACAGCAAAAUAUGCAUGUUGAUUUUUCUCAAAGCCAGCGCCUAUACGAAGACCGCACGCGCCAUUUGUCAAAAUCUUUGUUUGAAAGGCAACUCUUGAAUGGAGAGAAAGCUCACCGAAGCUGGUUAAUUUAUUCUCCAAGCGCCGGUCGAGUUUAUUGCGGACCAUGUCUUGCGUUUGGUGGUGGGACCCAGUUCGGCAGUGCAGGGUUUAAUGAUUGGAAGAACGCUAACAGUCGAGUGGCACAACACGAGAAUUCCGCAACCCACAAAUUAUGCAUUUUGUCUAUGAAGGAGAGAGGAAAUAUUCUCGGUCGAAUUGAUCAGCGGCUGACAGCACAGCUUGAUGAUGAAAUAACGUAUUGGAGGAACGUUUUGAAACGCGUAGCGGCAACUAUAAAAGCUCUAGCAUCGCGAGGACUACCAUUCAGGGGUCACGACGAAAAGUUCGGUUCAUCCAACAACGGCAAUUAUUUAAUGACUCUGGAGCUACUGGCUGAAUUUGAUCCAUUUCUGGCUGACCAUAUUUCGAGGUAUGGCAAUCCGGGUAGUGGACGUACAAGUUAUAUGUCGUCGACGAUUUGCGAUGAAUUUAUCAAACUUAUGGCCGAUACAGUGCUUCAUACUAUUGUCAGUGAGAUCAAAUCAGCGAAAUACUUCUCCAUGAUCGUAGACUCUUCACCAGACAUGUCUCAUGUUGAUCAACUAACGUUUGUAAUCCGUUACGUUCAAAGCGAUGGUUCCCCGAUUGAACGCUUCCUGCAAUUUUUUCCCAACACCGGGCAUAAAGCGCUAGAGAUGACAGACGCUAUCACUUCAGCCUUGAACAAAUUUGACAUUGAAAUCUCAAAUUGUCGUGGUCAGUCAUAUGACAACGCUGCCAACAUGUCCGGCGUUUACAAUGGACUGCAGGCACAUAUUAAAAAACUGGCUCCGAAAGCAGCGUAUGUUCCCUGUGCAGCUCAUUCGCUAAAUCUCGUUGGGCAAUCGGCAGCAGAAAGUUGCGAAGAAGCUUGUUGGUUUUUCGGUCUUCUGCAAGAAGUGUAUAAUUUUUUUACUGCAUCGACACAUCGCUGGGAGAUCUUGGAAGCUCAACGUCGCUCUAAAGAAGACUCGAAAGCGGGAACAAGUACCGUGAAAAGCUUGUCGACAACUCGCUGGUCAGCUCGUGCAGAUGCAUGCAAAAGUUUGUUGGAGUCUUGGCACGAAAUUUAUACAGCGCUGCAAAUCUUUGAAAAAGAUAUCACCGAAAAGCCGAUCAGUCGAUCUGAAGCAAAAGCUGUAAACGUCGACAUAUUCACCGCUAUUCAGAUUUACGACUCAUUAAUCGGUCUCGUGCGAAACUCGGGAUAA